AUGAGAUCUGACUUUAAGCUUCACUCAGUUGACCCCGCAACGUCCAUCGCGUUCCCCACGACACUCCGCAUUCCUUCCAAAACACCGUUGCCGACUUUCUCGCUCGUGGGUGUGGGCGUCAGGACGGUAUCCUUCCUGGGAAUCAAGGUCUACUCGGUUGGGUUCUAUGCUGAUUUAGCCAACCCGAAUCUGAACAUACCUCGCACGGCGUCUCCUGAGGAGAAGAUUGAGCACAUUGUCAGGAACACAGCUUGCGUCUUGCGUAUCAUCCCUACGAGGUCAACAUCUUAUGGUCACCUGAGAGAUGGCUUCAUGCGUGCCCUGCAGGCACGCUUAUUACUCAGUAAACAACGAGGAACCCUGUCUCCAGAAGACGAGCUUGCGGUCCAGUCACCUCUGCGCAAAUUCAAGUCUGUCUUCCCAAACACACCCCUUGCGAAGCACACACCUCUCGACGUUCUGCUGACGCCUCCUGUGGCUGGCGCGAAGCAGCCUCGCUCGUUGAUCGUUCGCGACCUAGGAUCUGUGCAGAGUGACUGGCUAGCAACAGAAUUCGUGCUUGCAUACUUCGAAGGUGCUGGGCUUAGUCCGCCGUUGAAGCGGUCCGUUGUGGAAGACCUUGAGAACUUCGGGUGGUGA